AUGACGACCCUCUUACGCCCUCUCGCGCCGUUAACUCGGUCGGCGAUUCCCUCCCCCUCUAUCUGCGCGCAAUGCCGCCGCACCUUCGUUUCCAGCCCAGCCCUCAGGUCUGGCCACAACAAAUGGAGCAAGAUCCGCCAUGACAAGGCGGCCAACGACGCAAAAAAGAAUGCCACCCGCACAAUCUUCGCCAAGAACAUCACCCUGUACUCAAAGCUCUUUGGCCCUGACCCCAACAACAACCCCCAACUAGCCGCCGCCAUAAACGCGGCCAAGAAGGCCAGCGUGCCCAAAGACAAGAUCGAAGGGGCCAUUGCCCGCGGGCAGGGCAAGUCGUCCGGAGGUGCCGCCCUCGACUCCAUCACAUUCGAAGCGAUGAUGCCGCCAUCGAUUGCGCUGAUAGUUGAUCUCGAGACGGAGAGCAAACUUCGGGCGUUACAGGACUUGAACCAGAUGGUCAAGAAGGCGAAAGGGUCGACGAGCUCGUCCAAAUUCUUCUUCUCGCGCCUCGGGCGGGUGGUGUUCGAGAAAGGCGAGAACGGACUAGACGUCGAUCAGAUCAUGGAUGACGCGAUCGAGGCCGGGGCAGAGGACCUAGAAAACGAUGCCGACGGGAACAUCAUCGUCUGGACUCAGCCGUCGGCGACAAUGCAGGUGUGCAAAACGGUGGGAUCCAAGUUUGGGCUGAAGAUUUUAAGCUCGGAUAUCAUCUGGACGGCGAACGAGGACACCAAGGCUGAGUUGGAUGCGUCUGAGGAGCUGAAAAGCUUUACGGACUUGCUCGAGGCGCUGCGGGAGUACCCUGAGGUACAGGCAGUGUAUUCGAACGUGUCGAAGGGGUCUAUGAGUGACGAGGAGUGGGCGAGGAUAGAGGAGAACCUGGACACAUAG